AUGUACACCAGCCAUACAUUUAUAUUCAUAUUCCUUUUAUGGAAAAUUGUAGAAGCACAAUCUCCAACGUGUCCUAAUGGGCAAUUGCCGAAGCUUGACAAAAACCUAAAGCCAAUUCAAUGCCUUCCAGGAACUUUCCAGCACGCGAUAUGCGGCCCAAAUCAUAAUUGUUUUUUCACUGGAUUAAAUUACAUGUGCUGUCCUUCUAAUGAACCUUCAAUAGACAAUCAGCCAACAUGUCCAUAUCCAAAGUUGACAGUUUUGGAUGCACAUGGUCUCCCAUUGAAAUGUAGCGCUCUCACAAGACAUUGCCCAGAAGAGCACAUGCAUUGCUCGGAUGUUGGACUCGGAUACAUUUGCUGCGAAAAUCCAUCAUUCCAAAGAAAUUCAACGUCUAUACCUACGACAAGGAAAUCUCACUCUACUACAACACCUCGACCGAAAAAAACGCUUGAAUGCCCAGAAAAAUCUAUCGGUUUGUUGAAACCUGACGGCUCGAGAAUCGAAUGUAAUUCCCAAGUUUCUUGCGAAGGGGACGACACAUUCUGUUAUGGUGAUCAUCAAAUGUCGAUUUGUUGCCAGAAAUAUCUCUUUGCUUCUGACAUUCUCAAUGAUUCUGCAGAAGUGAAAAAGGGAAAGACAAUAGCUCCAAAGUUGCAUGAAGGUGAAUGGCUGAAGCCGACAACUAAGCGUGUUCCUUGGAGAGUUGAUCAAGAAUAUCCAGAAAUUGUUAUUAACAGUAUUGGAGUACGCAGAAGUGGCGCCGUUCCAUUUCAUCAAAAACCGUCUGAAAUUGGUCGUACUGCUGAAAUUGCGCCUCAAUGGACUUCGAAAAACAUAAGAAUGUUCUCGACUAGCACUACUCCGACAACAACAACAAAAACAACAACAACUUCUACAACAACUCCCAGACCAACCUCAACUUCGACAACUACGAAAAGACCAAUCUCUACUACUAGAAAAGUUCCUGUGGCUGUGACAAGAAGAAGCCGAUUGAAUGGUAUUGCCAAUUUCCAAAAUCCGGAAUUCCGAACUGGAAAUCCCCAACUUCUCGAUAAUCGCUUCAAUCAUAUAGAUAGACAUGAGAUGGCGCAAAAAUUGCUAUCAUAUCAAAUUAGGAAUGGAUGGCCGUAUGACGAAAGAUUCUAUCGCCCAGACACUGAUGUUUACACGCCCGAACAGCGCUCGGAGAUUGCUCGUAUGCGAUUCUUACCUCAACAUUAA